AUGCCACCGCCAUCGCUCCUGCAGCUUUGCACAACGACUGCUAUUAGGAACGUGAAAUAUUUAAACGACAUUGGAAAUGUUCCAUAUUCACUUGCUCGUCCCUUCCUCCUCAAGAUCGAGAGCCCUGAGAAACUCAGAUCCCUAGAAUUAUUGUCGCCGCACAUCAUGGAGGACGAUGUUGAAUUGUGGCAUGAAUUUAUCAAACGGGAUAUACCAAGAUGGGACGAAUACGAUCUCCCCGAGCAGUCCGAUUGCUGGUACGAUAUAUAUUGCGACCUUCGGGAACGUGUUCAAAAGGCUGUGGAAGAGGACGCCGAAAAGCUCAAGAUGGCCCUCGACGGAAUCAACUCGGAACGUGCCAAACACAGCGCAAAGUUCGUUGACCGACGAAGUAUUCCGCUUCCACGAGAGCGGCCAACCGCAAAGCAACGAUAUGCUUCCUUUGAUCGGAAAAUGGGAGGGAUUACGCCGAAAUUCUCGUCUCCAAGGAGUGGAUUAGGUUCGUCCGAUCCUGGGGGAGCCUCUGCCUGGUCCUAUGACCGACCGUACGCUCCGCGAACGGACACAAAAAGAAAGAGCAAUAUCUUCAAUGUGACAAAGAGGAACAGUGUUCUGGCCAUACCGACCAAACAACUGAACAACAGAGCUACGCGGGUCAAACAAGCUCCUCGCGCAUUAAUUGAGGAGCACCGGCGGCCCGCGGAGCCUGCUGUCCCUCACCGUAAAGGUCCUCCGACCUUGAUCGCACCAGGGCGGUUGAGGCCGUCAAGUACUCCAGCCUUUGGUGUCCAAGGCACCCCUGUUAUGAGCGCAUCACUGCGCGAAAGGGAAGCCAGGUUACGAGCGUUGACAUCGGGGAAGCCAUCAACCCCGUCAGCCUCGAAAUCUCCUGAAAGCUCGUCGGCAACAGCUCGAGCGACCUUAAGAGCAUCUUCAUCCGCUGCUGCAAGCACAAGUUUGCGGAAUUCCCAAGCAUCAGUCCCGAUAGCCGAUAGGCCACUGGGAGCGAGGGAGGCAACUAUCCCUGGGGAAGCUGGAUCAGCGACUCCUGGGACUAACUACGACACCGACGACCCAAGGGCACUCGCAGCGCCUCCGCCGCGAGUAGUUAUGCGGAAGAGACCUGCGCCGAGUGUUUUCAUCCAGCCGAAGAAAAAGAAAGUCAAUUGA